AUGGUGUCGAAUGUUUCCCCUAAAGAAAGACACCUUGAUUCCAAAGACUUAGCGUUCACCGGCCAACUAGUACUGACAAGUGCAGACUUGAUCGAAGACCUGGGAUCAAAAGCAGUGAAUGCCACCGAUCCUAGACUGUUGAGGCUCCUUCGUGAAAAGUGGCUUCUUGCGCCUUCCAGUCGCCCGUACGACUUGAAAAAUCCAGAGAAAGAACACACGUCUCAGAUAGGGCAAUCGCAGACAGUUGAUAAACUACUGAAGCAGAGGCAGAACGGCUUUUUUGUUGAGGCGGGAGCGGCGAACGGAGNUCAAGAUGCUCUGACAGGCGAAAUAUUGGAGCGAAUAGAAUUCACAUAUGCCAGUCUAUUGGGCGGCAUCAGUGAAACGGGACGCGCUCUUCCGGCAAAUGUACAAAGUGUUAUUCGUGGCAAAGGCUUGCCGCAGUGUUUCCCAAUACACUCCAUCCUGGCCGCACUGGGGGUGACCCAUGUGGACUACUUCUCCCUGGACGUCGAGGGGGCCGAGGCGGAGAUUCUGAGGACAUUUCCCUGGGGAGACAUCACUGUGGACGUGUGGUCAGUAGAGUACUCCGUUUUUGAGAAAGGACCGAAAGGAGAACGCGAAUUGGCUCGGCGCCUUAAAGAAAUCCAGGAGAUUUUCCAAAAGACAGGGAUGUACCGGGAAGUAAAAUUUCCUCAUGGAUUGGAUGUUCUGUUUGCUCGACGGGAGAUUUCGAUUACGUAA